CUGAACCUAUACCCUUCCUUUGCGACAAGCUUGGCGCUGGUUUCUUAGUGACACUGGGAUGGAGACGAGAUGCUCAUGGGCACGAACGACACUCAGAGCGGCCGCGCCAUCGGGUUCGGGCAUCGCAGCUCGCUCGGCCACUGUGCGAUUGGCUACCACAGCAGCCGGACCCAGUAGACCGCCUCCCCCAGGCUCCUCUGCCUCUACCGCUCCAAAUCGGUCUCAAUCUUCGCCCUUAGACCCAUCAAGCUCUUCUCCUUCAGGAUCUGGCUCCCCACCGCCGCCUAGAGAUGAGGUUCGGACCUUUAUGCAACGGGUCCUUCCAUGGAUACCAGUAGCGAUUCCAAUAGCUGCAGUCCUCUACUCCACGACAUACUCGAUAGGGACGGUCAACGGCGGUAGCAUGGUCCCCACUCUCAACCCCGAGUUCUCGAGUCUGGGUAUCAGUGCUACAAGGGAUUGGGUGAUAUUGAAUCGCUUGAAAGCAAUGUAUAACUCUUGGCAGGUGGGAGAGGUGGUAGUCAUGGUCUCACCGAUCGAUCCCAAUACGCACUCUGUCAAGCGGAUCCUGGCCAUGCCGGGAGAUAUAGUGCGCUACCCCUACAAGCGUCGCAUUGAGACGUCUCCCGGUCAAUACCGGCAAGUGAAUGGGCACAGGCGCAUCAAGAUUCCACCAGGCCACUGCUGGGUCGAGGGUGACUCGUCCAUCUAUUCCAACGCCAAUGCACCAGUUGAUGAGACUAAAGCUCCAGGCUCAGCAAAGGCGAGCUCUCGCAGGAGGAAGGAGGCAGCGCACCUCGACCUCUCGAGGGACUCGCGACACUUUGGCCCUAUCCCCCUUGCCCUCCUCACAGCCAAGGUCUCCCUCAUCUUCUACCCUUUCAAUCGCUUCGGCACCAUUCCCGACCGGCCCGGACAAGGCCCGACGAACCUGAGCACAACAUCAGCAGCUUCCCCGGCCGAAGAGCGCAAGGCCAAACCUCAAACGGGCUGGUGGCCCUUUACUGGCGGCGGCGGAAGUGCUAGUGGGAGUGGUGCUAGCGCUGGUGGUGCAGAGGAGGAAGAUUGGUGGAAGCGGGCAGAAGAAGAUUCCCGUCUUACGCCUUAUGCAGAUGAGGAGAGUCAGGUGGGGAGUAUAGAGGCUGGAAAACAGAGGGUGAGAUUCAUGGAUAGUGGAGCUGCUGCUCCGAGCUCACAUCCUCUGGACGGCUCGCACGAUCUGGACCGGAGUGAUGAAGCGCAGACGGUGCCGAUGCCGAAGCCGGUCAGCUGGACUCUCUUCUCGCGAAGAGCCCGCAGCGAUCAAGAUCUACCCUCCAGUGUGGGGAGUUACUCGAAAGACAUCCCUCCCGCCCUCCUCCGACCUGCACAUCGACACCUCCACCAGCGUCCUCCUCCUCCUUCUCCCUCAUCACUCGAAGAAGACGAUGCACUCUUCACCGAGAAGAAGCCAAAGCGACGCCCUCUCUACAAGCAACGGCAUGCCUCGGAGCUUAGUGUGGAGGAAGUGGAGCAGAGGAGACGCAGGCUGAACGCGAUGAGCAGGGGAGGAAAGCUGGGAGAUGCGCAGCUACACAGAGACUUUCGGGCGGUUGUCAAUGCACUGUAGAGGUACUGCAGCACCGUAUGAGUAGUCAAGAAAGCACGAUGUUGGUGAUAGGCAUUGAGAGUUCGGGAAUUCUGUUGAGGUGCUAUGACAAAGAGGACUACUUCUCCGUGGCAUUGAGAGCUCGGCGCCCGUGCGAUGGCCAUAGAGGGAGCCCAGCUCGCUUACUCCGGGCCCGUCUUACCAGUCUGCAAAGUAGGGUGUGGAGCGGGCUCCGUCAGUCUCACUUCCUCCAAAGAACUCAAAAAAACAAGCCUCUCGCCCAUCUGGCCUACUCACCUGUUCAUUGUCAUCAUCGAUGACCCUUCCACACCCACAAAGCCACUCGGUCCACCAGGUCUGUCUCCCUCUCCC